AUGGACAUGUACAGUUAUCGUAAUAAUGGUGUCAUCACAGCAAUGGCCAUCAUUUCUUUAUUUAUACUGUGUUUUAGAGAGUUUUUCAUUGCUGUUGAGAGCGCACUCAUCAAAUGGUACUUCAAGACAGAAUGCUAUUUCGUAUUUGAUACAGUGGCACUGGUGUGCUUCGUGAUAACCACGGUUCUACGCAGACGGGUAAUUACAAAGGACAUCGCAAGAGGAAAGAGAAUGAUGGUGGAGCUAUCUUGGUUUGUUAACAUUAUGUUGGUCUACGACAGUCUUUUUAUACUCGUAUGCCCUCAGAUUUUAGGCAACUUCCACACGAUACACAAGCGGAUCCUCAACGAAAAGUGCAUUUGGAGAGUUCCAGAGUAUCUUCUGCUGAUGUGUGUACGUGUUUUUAACGAAGAAAUCGUUUUUAGACGAUUUCUCUAUCACAUGGCUAAAAGACACAUCAAGCUCAGCAAGUGUAUCGAGCACAAGAAAUGGCUAUGUAUGCUGGCAGUUAUUACCAUGAUGCUUCUCAAUGCACUUGUGCACGCAUUUACGCGUGUUAUUAGCGCCCCAUUCGCGCAGUUUCCCUAUGAUUUGAUUUAUCAUGUUAUUUUUAAUUUAUCAUUGCUGUCAAUCAGUGAGGCAUACAAUUGCAUGAUGCUUACCUUCUUUGCUAGUCUGUUUAACGACUGUUGGUCGAUUGUGUGUUUGAAAAUAUUCCCUACGAGGUUUAGUCCGUAA